AUGACAGUACACUCUUGUCAGUCAGUUGUACAGAAGUACUUGUCACACAGAGACUUGUGCCUGGGACUGAAAUCGUGGCGAAAUACAGCAGCACAAAGUGAACUGUCUCUACUCCAUGUUUUUAGAAAAGCCUAUGUUUCUGACAUUCAAGAAAACAUAAGCAGGCUGAAAUGCAAAACUUGUGUUGUGAUUGGAAAUGGAUACAGUGUCAUAAACAGCUCCUUGGGGGAGUUAAUUAACCAACAUGAUGUUGUUAUCAGGAUAAACAAUGGUCCUGUCAAAGGAUACGAGAAAGAUGUUGGUACCAAAACCACCAUACGUCUCUUCUACCCAGAGUCUGCUGAAUUUGAUCCAGCAGAUGAAGACCCAGAAGCCCUCUUAGUACUUAUGACCUUCAAGAAACGUGAUUUAGAAUGGCUAAAACAGAAUCUUUAUGAUGAGAAAAGAAACAGAAAUGGGUUUUGGAAACUCCCUCCUUUGAUAUGGAAUGUGGAUCCUUCAAGAGUCAGAAUAUUAAACCCAUACUUUAUGCAUGUAGCAAAUAUGAUGCUACUUCAGCCAACGAUCAAAGCAACACCCAAUGCCAAAAAGGGUACCUAUCCAACAACUGGACUGCUGGCUGUUACUGUGGCAUUGCACUUCUGUGAUAUUGUCCAUCUGGCUGGCUUUGGCUAUCCGCAUGCAAAUGAAACACAAGUUCCAGUACACUAUUUUGAAAAGGGCUCUGUAAGGGUCAUGAGUGAUGCCCCACAUAGCAUUGACGUAGAGCGAGCAAUUCUUCAGAAGCUCUCAGACCUAGGUGCCCUCAAGUUCCUUAAAGGAUAUCGCUAAUCAAAGGAGAGCAAGACAGCAUGUUAUAAGGAUUCUUACAUGUGGAUCAGAGAACUCACUAUAGCGCACUAGUUAAACCAUCAUGUGCAAAAAUUCUUUAAAUACUAUGAAGCUAAUGUUACAGGUUGUUAUGAUACAAUUUUGUGUGAUGUUCUUUUUUAUUAUGUU